AUGGAUGAUUCCCUCCAGGACACCGCCUCCUUCUGUGGCUCCUGUGAGGCUGGUGAUCGGAGUUUACCAUCCGAAACUCCGGAGCUUGACUGUUUUGGUGAAGGCCGACCUCUCCCUCCUCUCCCAACAACUCCAAACCAACUAGCUGCAGAACACAACGCGACCGCGACGCCGGAGACGACCUCUUUUAGGGCCUCUCUGCCAAGAUCGAGGUCUCUGCCUCAAUUACCGACCGUCCCUACUAGCGAGAUUUCCAUUCCACCCGACACAAUCGCUGAGUCUACUCCUCCCUGUGCUCCCAAGGCACCAUUUGUGCGUGGGCAUCGUCGUCGCUCCACCCACGUAGAUCGUCGUGACCUUGAGAAAUUCAGAAAGGAGGUCCUGGGUGUUGAGACCACUGGAUUUGAAUACGACGACGAAGGCGCGCUCACUGCGAAUCCCAAGGAAUUUCAGUCCCAGUUGGAGGAAUUGAAUCGUGCUUUUGACGCCGCUACCAUGUCUUUGAACAGCAGCGGUAGCAACAGCUCCGGAUCGGGCAUGUUUUCAAAUUAUACCGACAAUUCUGCCGCCGGACCUUCCAACCUGCCUAGUGUUCCUCGCCAGCCGAUUCCCUCGCCGGUGGCCACUCCGCCUCCCCAAGUUAACGGCGGCGGGAUGGCAGGAAUGAAUGCCGGGGUGCCGAUGAGUGCGGGACAUCAAAUGGAUUUGCGUCAUCUUUUUGACAUGGUGCUGGAGCUGAGCGAUGUAUUGAAGAAUAAUCGAGACAUGACCAAAAGCAUAGUCUCGAGCGCGGAGGAGAUUAUGAAACGUUCUUCAUCCGAAGGGACUAGCCCGAGCAUUCAGCAGGUGAAUGGGGAAAUAUCCAGUGCCCGUAUUGCUGAACUUGAGCGUGCCCUCGCCAAGGAGAAGCGCCUGGUAGAAGUCUUGAAAGUCGAACAGGUCGAGAAUACCAAGUUGAUCGGUGAAUACGAGGCGGCCGUCGGCACUAUGGUAGAGCAGAUUCGCAACUACUGCCACAACAAUAAUCUGCACUACCUGUAUCAGAAGCGACAUUACAACAAUCUCCUUCAGGCAGAGCGUGAUGCCCACCUGGAAAGUCGCCUUGAUCGUGACCACUGGCAUGCUCAGACCUUGAAAUGCGCGGAAAUGAUUCGCACCGCUUAUCGUCUUCGCUGCGAGGAGGAAGAGCUCCCCGUUCGUAUCGUUGCCGGCUUGCAGAACGAAGUUCGUGCCUAUCGCAAUGCCUUGGGCAUGGAACCCGAGAAAUUCGAGGAAGAAUAUGGCUACGAGAUUCUGAAGGACGUGCCGGGAGGUGCCGAAUGA